GGAUGUAAAGGAGGAGGAUUAAAAGAAGUUAUUGUAUUUAGGCUUUAAGGCUGCAGUGUUAAUUUAGUCGAGAAUCCAGUUGGCAAUGAGUUGAGGAUUACUAAGGAAGCAGAGGCUGCAGGUAAAGGUCUCAGUGAAAGGAGGAGGAUCCUGGGCUCCAGUUUGCAGGGAGGAGGGUCAAGGAAAAGGGUUCUCAACAAAGGGCAGACGACCCAGGCCCGUGUUCCUGCUCUUGGUUGGGGCUGAGGAAUGGAGCGGUUCUCAAGCCAAGUCCCAAGAGCCCCAGGGAAUAGAGUGGCAUCCAAGUGACAGUGGCUAUUUGGGCAGGUCAGUGGGAGAACAAUACUCUGUCAGUUCUCCCUAACCUGAACAUCGGGACAAGUAAGGUGAAGAAACAUACUAGAAACAAGUACGAAUCACCAGCCAAUAAGCUUUUUCUUAUCAGUUACUGGCGGCGGCAACGUGCAGACGCAGUGACGUCAGGUAUCUCGCAGAGGGCGGUGUGAGGACCUAGCGUGAGGUCACGUCCUCUGCCGGCCGUGACCGCGGGUACUGAAAAGAGAUUUUAUUAAUGGAUCCUUGAGCUGCCCAGGGUGUCUCCGGGUCCGGAAAGUCUAAGUUUCUUCCAGACAUUGCCAUAUCCGGUCGGGAAGGUCGACUGCAACCACCGAAGUGGAUGGACAUGGCUCUACGCUCUGACUCCUGAGAGCGGAGCGUGAAGGAGGCUUUGGGGCGAUGUUGGCUCGAUUAGGGCCCGGACCGGGGCACCGGGGGGCUUGGGUGGCGCGGGCCACACUGGGGACCCUUUGGGGCCGGCUGCCGAUGGCGGACCUGGCAGCCCCCUUCUCUCCGCGUCUAGAGAAGAACCCUGCCUUUCGGGUGAUCCCCUGCAGAACACAUAACUACACGGACCAAACGGAAAGAAUGGAUAUGUCUAAAUUUCCUGUUGAAAAUAUUAGAAAUUUUGGCAUCAUUGCUCAUGUGGAUCAUGGCAAAAGUACUCUAGCUGACAGGCUUCUGGAAUUAACAGGUACAAUUACCAAAACUGAUCAUAAUAAACAAGUACUUGAUAAACUUCAAGUAGAACGGGAAAGAGGAAUCACUGUUAAAGCACAGACUGCAUCUCUUUUUUACAAUUAUAAGGGAAAAGUAUACCUUUUAAAUCUCAUUGAUACACCUGGUCAUGUUGACUUUAGUUAUGAAGUGUCAAGAUCACUUUCUGCUUGUCAAGGUGUCUUACUUGUAGUGGAUGCAAAUGAGGGUAUUCAAGCUCAAACUGUAGCAAAUUUCUUUCUCGCCUUUGAAGCACAACUUUCAAUAAUUCCUGUUAUAAACAAGAUAGAUCUGAAGAAUGCUGACCCUGAAAGGGUUGGAAAACAAAUUGAAAAGAUGUUUGACAUUCCCAGUGAUGAUUGUAUUAAGAUUUCUGCUAAACUAGGAACAAAUGUUGAAAAAGUUCUUCAAGCAGUCAUUGAAAGAAUAGCUCCGCCAAAAGCAAAUCGAGAAAAUCCCCUGAAGGCUUUGGUAUUUGAUUCUACUUUUGACCAGUAUAGGGGCGUUAUAGCUAAUGUAGCACUAUUUGAUGGAAUUGUUUCCAAAGGAAAUAAGAUUGUAUCUGCUCAUACAGAGAAAAUUUAUGAAGUUAAUGAAGUUGGAAUUCUAAGCCCAGAUGAACAACUAACUCAGAAACUCUAUGCAGGACAGGUGGGCUAUCUGAUUGCUGGGAUGAAAGAUGUCACUGAAGCUCAAAUAGGAGAUACAUUAUAUUUACAUAAACAACCAGUGGAACCCUUGCCUGGGUUUAAGUCAGCGAAACCAAUGGUUUUUGCAGGAAUGUACCCCAUAGACCAAUCUGAAUAUAAUAAUUUGAAGAGUGCUAUAGAAAAACUGACAUUAAAUGAUUCCAGUGUGAUGGUACAUCGGGAUAGUAGCCUUGCCUUAGGUGCUGGUUGGAGGUUGGGGUUUCUUGGUCUCCUACACAUGGAAGUUUUUAAUCAACGGUUAGAGCAAGAAUAUAAUGCUUCUGUUAUUUUGACUACACCUACUGUUCCUUAUAAAGCUGUUCUUUCAUCAGCCAAGUUAAUAAAGGAAUACAGAGAAAAGGAAAUUACAAUCAUCAACCCUGCCCAGUUUCCUGAUAAAUCAAAAGUAACAGAAUAUUUGGAGCCAGUUGUUUUGGGUACCAUUAUAACACCAGAUGAAUACACUGGAAAAAUAAUGACACUUUGCCUGGCUCGAAGAGCAGUUCAAAAAAAUAUGGUGUUUAUUGAUCAAAAUCGAGUUAUGCUUAAAUACCUUUUCCCUUUGAAUGAAAUUGUGGUGGAUUUUUAUGAUUCCUUGAAAUCUCUUUCUUCUGGAUAUGCUAGUUUUGAUUAUGAAGAUGCUGGAUAUCAGACUGCAGACCUUGUAAAAAUGGAUAUUCUGUUAAAUGGCAGUCCUGUGGAGGAGUUGGUAACAAUUGUACACAAAGAAAAGGCACACCCUAUUGGAAAAGCUAUAUGUGAACGGCUGAAAGAUACAAUUCCUAGACAACUAUUUGAAAUAGCUAUUCAGGCUGCUAUUGGAAGUAAGAUCAUUGCCAGAGAAACUGUGAAAGCAUACAGAAAGAAUGUCUUGGCAAAAUGUUAUGGUGGAGAUAUCACUCGAAAGAUGAAACUAUUAAAGCGACAAGCAGAAGGAAAGAAAAGAAUGAGAAAAGUUGGCAAUAUUGAAGUUCCAAAGGAUGCUUUUAUAAAAGUUCUAAAAAGACAGCCUGAUAAAUGAAUGUUUCUUAAGGUAUAAUUGUGACAUUUAUUUUGAAUUAUUAUGAUAGUAAUUUUUAAAAUCUGCUUUUAAAUAAAAUUAAUCCCACUAAAAAAA